AAAAAAAAUGCUUACCGACCAACAACAACAAUUAUUAAUCAAACAAUUAAAGGAUAUUACAAAGCAACCAGAUUUAUUAAUAGUGUCAGUCUUAAUGUAUUUUUAAUGGGAUUUUGAAAGGUCAAAGGAAUUAAUACAAAAUAGUGGAGAUUUAUUAACUAUAGAUUAAAUUCCAGAAAAUAGAAGAUUAAGCGCAGAAAGAUUGUUGAGAUAAUUUGAAGAAGCCUAAAAUAAUGAAGUAAGAAUAAAAAUAAAAAUAGAGGCCGAUUUAAAAUAUAAAUAAUAAUUCACAGCAAUAAGCUUUAUAAAAUUCUCAUCCGAAUUCUAAUUAAAGAGUCAGUGAUGUAAAUUAAUAAACAAAAAGCCGUAAAUUAGCUAAAAUAAAAGAAAAUUUAUAAAAAUUAGCAAAUUAAGAAUGGGAAACUAAUUAGAUAAUUUAAGAUAAAGAAUUAAUAAUAAAAAAUAAUUAAAAUGAAAGGGAAAAUAAUGAUUUACAAUUAAGAAUGCAUUAAUCAUUUGUGGGAAUAAAGAAAUCUGAAAGGUCUGGUUAUUUUAAUUGUAUUUAUUAAAUGUUAUUCUAAAAUCUUGAAAUUGUGGGAGCAAUUCUAAAUAUGAAUAUUUAAAAUAAAGAGGAUUUAAAUGUGAGUAUUUUUAUAAUAUCUAGAGUAAUUAUUAGAAUGAAUUGCAAUAUUUGUUUGGCUCUUUAAUUCUAUCUAAUGACAGAUUUGUUAGAAAUUCUGAAUUGUAUGUUGCUGCAAGUAGGCUCAAUAAAUCGUAAGUAAUAGGUGGUAAAAUAAAUUUUGCAACAUAAUUUGAAAUUUAGUUGGGCAUUUUAAAAUAAUUUUUUUAAGAUGUCAAUAAGUUAGACUAUGUCUCUAUGAUUUAAAACUAAUUUUAAGUUUUUUAAAAUCAUCUAUUUUUAACAUUAGAAUAAGAGGAUAGAAUGUUAUAAUUAUCUUUGUUAAAAGAAAAGGAUAAUAUAUAAUAAUUUGGAUAAUCAUAAAAUUUUAAAUCAUAUUGGGCUUUUGAAAUAAGUAGAAAACAACUUGAUAAAGAAGAAAACAGUUGUCAGAAUAAUUUAGAUUAUUGGUUUCCUGAAAAAAUUGAUUUAGAAUUUUUAGUUUUGAAAGAUAAAGCAGAAAAAAUCUUAAAAAUUUUGGAGGAGGGGGUAAAUGAAGAAAAAAUUAAAGAAAUUUAAAAAAGUAUUUAUAGCAAUAAAUAUUAGAUUAAUCAAUCUUAAAUAAUAUACAAAUAGUGAAAUCUUUUUUAUGUGAAUAAGAAAUCGUUUAAAAAGAAACAAUUGAUGCAUUGUAAAUGGAAAAGAAAAUGUUAAAGAAAAAAUUAAACAAUUAUAUACCAUUUAAUAUGGAUUUAUUAUAGAAAAAUGCAGAAAAUACAAGAUUUUGUUAUAGCCUUUAGGCCACAGUCAUACAAUUACAGGAAAAUGAUUAAAAUCUUUUUUAUUUAUAUAUUAAAAACUUUGAUGAGAACAAGUGGUAUAGAAUAAAUGAUUGUUAAAUUUAAGCUGUGAGUGAUAAAUUAGUAUUUAAAGACACUCGUAAGUAUGGGUGUUUUUUAAUUUACGUUUAGUAGGAAUAAAUAAAAAAAAUAUUAGAACAUUAAAAAAAACUAUCCGAAAUAGGUAACCUGAUUUUAAAGAAUCAGGAGGAAUUUGUAUUAAAUAAUUAUUCAUUGCUUUAAAAGUUCCAGUAGUCAGAUGCUGGAAAAGUAGAAAAGAUUGUUAAAGCAAAUCAACUAAAUCAAAAUAAACUUAAUGAAGAAUUAAAUAAUGAGUUUAGUUAAUGA